CAUUGCCCCAAUCGGUACGAGCCUUUCAGGAGCAAGGGAACCAGGCCCAUCGGAUCUUGACAUCAUGAGGGAGCUUACAGUAGCUUCCGAGCAGCGGUCCACCACCACCCAAAAGCCAAAGGGCCAAAGGGAGCGCGCUGCUGCUCGGUCUGGUUUAGCGGGCGCUCGUGGUCAGAGCCUCAACGCCUUUCACAACUCUGCGCAGGUGAACUCCUCCCGCCGACCGUCACCACCACCUCCACCACCACCCAUCCAUUCGUUCUCCCUCCACUCAACCUUCGCCAGACCUACCCAUGCGGGAGCUUCUCUGAUCUUCUAUUCCUUCACCCCCUCUUUACCCCUUCUUUUUUCCCUCUUCGUUAUUCCGCCCUCUCUUUCCUUCCACCUCACCCCCCUUCCCCCCCCACCUGUCGUCAUUCCCGGAGCCCGUCGCAGGCCUGAGUGUCUUCGUCCCAGAAAUGUGCGAUGGCGUUUCCUGACCGCUGCCGCUCACUCUCCAGAACAUGAAGCACGUCUUGACACCGUCGCGCUCGACGCUAAACCCCGUGCCACGGCCCUCUCUUGCUCGUACUGUGAUAACUCCCCUCGACAAGCGUCUCCUUUCCGUGGUGCAUCUUCGCUGAGGCGUUCUGGUCGCUUUUAGAGUUUAUAUAAUCUUUCUUUAUACCGACAACGCAGUAUCUAUAUCCCCACGCUAUUCGAUUGCCGGUCGGAUCCAUCAACCGUUCAUCGCACACCAUUCUUACAAUCUUAUAAUCCUUUGCCCUCCGU